AUGAAGCUGGACCAGCAAUGGCUCUGCUGAAGGUUCUGCUGCUGCUGCUGGGGCUGGGUGUUUCAAUGAACUCACAUGUUUCUCUGUACAAGAGAAUCAUUGGAGGUCAAAACUGUAAUGACACGGAGCGUCUUUAUCAUGUUCGGCUGGAGGGCGACAAUGGUACUCAUACGACCUUGUGUGGAGGAUCUCUGAUCCACCCUGAGUGGAUCCUGACUGCAGCUCACUGCUGGAAGUCGGAGCCAGGAUGGACUACCACAGCAACGUUAGGAGUUCAUCCACGGACUGCUACACAGGAGAAACAAAUAAUCCAACACAAUCCUGUGAUUUAUGUUGACCAAUCGCAUCAGCAGCAUGACAUCAUGUUGCUGAAGCUUCAGAGACCAGUAAGAAAUAUCCGUCCUGCUCUGCUACCAACAUGCAAUAAUCGUCUUACGUUUGGUGCUACAGUUCAGCUGGCAGGAGAUGGACUAACGACAACCAGCCGCAAUAAUCAGCGAUCACUCCGUGCUAGUGGUAUUACACUACAUCUUCAGUGUGUCGACAUGAAAGUUACUGGUUUUUUCUAUUCGAUUAAAUCUGGGCAUGAAUUCUUUGCUGAAGCACAGAACAAGGAUGCUAACUUUGGUGACUCUGGUGGAGGAGUGGUGUUCAACAAGAAGAUUGUUGGUGUGAUUUCUAGCAGAGGAAAGAAUUAUGCAUUUCGGAAUCCAGUUUUUAGCAUGGAUGUGUGUGAUUACUUGGAGUGGAUAAGAAACACAACUGGGCUUAAUAAGCCUAGAAUAUCAUGAAAUAACAUUUGAUCAAAUUUCCUCUCAGAUGUAAUUUUAUUUUUACAUCUCCAUCAGUUUGUUCUAGAUGUUUGUAGAACUGUCAUAAAUUAAUAGGGUUUUUUUCUCACCUGACCUUGACCUCCCUAAUGGAGCUUUCUCUGCCUCAGAAAUGAAAAAAUAAAACAACAAAUGAAU